AUGGAUUCUAUUGCUGCUGUUCAGCCUGGCACCGAGCCUACGAGGCAAAAGAGCAUUGAUGUUGUCGAUGUUGACGAAGAAGAUGCGAUUCGCAAGGUUGAGGAAGCUAACAUGCCUUCUGUCUCUGCGCAGGAGGGUGUCAGGGAAGUCGAGGCUGUUACUUUGGCGUGGACCAAGACAUCUCUAGCAUGCGCAUUCUUAUGCAUGUGGCUCUUGUACCUCACGAAUGCGUUCCAGUCAUCCAUUACCUCGAACCUCACACCUUACGUAACAUCCGGAUUCGAAGAACAUUCCCUCAUCACCGUCAUUACCAUCGUCUCGAACUCCAUGGCUGCAGCCGUAUACAUCCCAACCGCCAAGCUGCUCGAUCUCUGGGGUCGUGCCGAAGGUUUCGCUACAAUGGUGUGCUUCGCUACCCUCGGUUUGAUCAUAAUGGCUGCAUCUACAAAUCUAGCGACGUACUGUGCUGCGCAGGUCUUCUACACUAUUGGAUUCGGUGGUAUGACUUACUGUGUGGACGUCAUCACAGCGGAUUCGAGUAGUCUGAAACACCGAGGUUUGGCUUUCGCAUUCACGUCUUCGCCAUACAUUAUCACAGCGUUUGCUGGUCCAAAGGCGGCUGAGGGCUUCUACAACAACAUCAACUGGCGUUGGGGUUUCGGUACUUUCGCAAUCAUUCUGCCCUUUGUCGCUGCACCACUGUUCUUGCUAUUGAAGCUCAACCUGCGGAAGGCGAGAAGAAACGGCGUCCUUGCAAGGGAGGCGAGUGACAGGAGCCUUUUGCAGAGCGUCGUCUUCCAUAUCCGCGAAUUUGAUGUUCCGGGAGCCUUCCUGCUGGCCGCCGGUCUCGUCAUCUUUCUCCUCCCAUUUACUCUCGCCGACUCAGCACCCAACGGAUGGUCUACGGGGUACAUCAUCGCGAUGUUAGUCAUUGGCUUCGUGCUACUGAUCGCGUUCGGCCUCCACGAGCGCUUCACAGCGGGAAAACCUUUCUUACCUUUCGACCUCUUGACCAGCCGCUCGGUUCUGGGUGCUUGUCUCCUCUCUUUUACAUACCAGAUCUCAUACUACGCCUGGAACUCCUACUUCACCUCAUUCUUGCAGGUCGUCACCAACCUCACAAUCGCAGAAGCAGGGUACGUCGCUUCAACAUUCGACGUCCUCUCCGGUGUACUACUCUUGUCAGUCGGUCUUGUCAUCAGUAAGACCGGCUACUUUCGCUGGCUUCUUUUCAUCGCCGUACCGAUCUAUAUCCUCGGUCAAGGUCUCAUGAUCUACUUCCGUCACCCAAAUACCAGCGUAGGCUACCUAGUCAUGUGCCAAGUCUUCAUCGCGAUCGGUGGUUCCAUCAUCAUUCUCUGCGAGCAGAUCGCCGUCAUGGCCGCCGCAGAUCACCAACACGUCGCCUCUGUUCUCGCACUUCUCAACAUCUUCGGGUGGCUAGGCGGCGCGGUAGGAUCCACCAUCUCCGGCGCGAUCUGGACAAACUCCUUCCCGCAGGCACUAAUGAAUCUACUGCCAGCUGAGGCUAUGGAGAACUUUGAUCUAAUUUACGGUAGCUUAGAUGAGCAAUUGAGCUAUGCGAAGGGUAGCGCGACGAGGGUAGCGAUCGAGGAAGCAUAUGGUAUUGCACAGAAAAGGAUGCUGAUCGCGGGUACAGCGAUCAUGGGACUUUGUUUGGUAUGGGUUUUCUUGAUCAAGAAUUUCAAUGUGGCGAAGAUGCAACAGACGAAGGGACGGGUAUUCUAG